UAAGGAUGAUGGCAUCAUAUGCGGAGAAGUCGGUCAUGUCAUCUGUCGUUUACAGCAGUAACUGCAUCAAGAAUUGUAGAACAAACAUGGUGGCAAAUCUGACAACAAUUUUCAUUGUCAUAUGUUUCACGGCCAACGUUUGCUUUGGACAGCUUUGUGGACAAAAUGUGAAGCACGAACAACUGGAUGUUGCGAAAGCCAGUAAAGUGAUGCACAGAUGGUAUGAUGCCAUGGACAUUGUUCCUGCCAGAAUACCGGGAAUUGUCUUUUGUUAUGAUGUUGGAAAUAUUACAGAAGUAGACGAUGGCUUCCUACUCACAAGGACACUUCAAGUCAAAGGCCGACCAGCUGAAGAGUCAAUAGAUAAUUACGUUCACUUUAUACACAACGGAGAUGGAACAUAUACAUCAAAUCAGGAACUGGUUCCUGCAAUGGCGAAAAAGGCUAGAGAAUUAUUUAAGCCUUUUCUUGACGAAAUCGGCCUGCAGAAAGAAGAAGCAAGGAUAUAUAGAAUGAUGAGUGGAAACUUUUUCUUCCUUACCGACUACGAUGAAUACUUCAUCAUAGCAAAAUGUGCUUCUGGGUCAACUCUGCUUGCCGCCAUCAAACACAAGAGAAAGCAACCUACUGGGAACGACGUUGUGAACAUAUGGAAUGUAUUUUCCAAGUAUGGAGAAGCUCCCAGCCCGCACUGGGAAGGUUUUUGCACCAGAAGAGGGCUCACAAAACAUGAAAUCGGAGUAAAUUAACUCUAAAAUAAGGAUAUAGAAAUUCCAGUCAAUGAUAUCUAGUUGACGAACUCGAACUUUUCUUUUUUACUUUUACAAUAUAUUCCGGGAGAAUAAUUAAUUUUGUCACGAAAUAAUUGAUUGUAACAUAAUUGAAAAACGGAAUAUAAUUGCAAAUCACCCAUCAAGUAUAGACCAUAUGUUGCAAAACGUAACAUCUAUUCGUUUAAGCCAGGGGUCAUCGAACUACGGCCCGCGGGCCAGAUCCGGCCCGUGUCGUCCUUUCAUCUGGCCCGCAAUAACACGAAAAAAUGGCAAAUUUUUUUCCAAGAGAUGUUUCCCCGAGCAUCGACUUCCUCGUUCAUUUCGUAAGGUUGUCAAUCAGUAAGAUGCAAAAAGUGACUUAACAAUAGACCCAUUCGUAUCCGCUCAGACACUUUUGUCACUCGGACAUAUUUUCGGUCGUGGUUUCAAUUAGUAGGCCUACCUCGUUUUCGCGAUUUUGAAUGCUAUUCGUUAGUUUUUGGUCGUGAUUCCGGAAUUUGAGUAUGAAUCAAAUAAUUCAAUCAUCAUUAUGCCGUCUUAAGAGUUGUAGUUUAAUUGCAGUAAUCAAAAAUUGUCUUGAAAUGACUGUGAUAAAAUAGGAUAAAAUUCACUACCCGUACGCAACGUUUUCUGCGAAGGAUGUCCUGGUACACUUGUGGCGCGUGCCUUCAGCGAAACUGUUACUGUGUACGUUUCUCGUGCUAGAAUGAACGUCGAACUUGCAUUUUGCGCUAAUAGUACAAGUCACGUUAACUUUUGUACUGCUAAAUGCGGAUUUUCAUGACAGCAAUUGUUUUGCUAACACCUAACCUCAAGAUAGUUGUCUAGAAAUCUAUAUAUAUUUGUUUUGUUAUGAUGUUCUUGAUCUAUAUUCUGCGAUAUAGAAUUUAAUAUUCAAGACUUUAGAAAUGUAGAAUUUUUAUUGUUGAAUAAAAUGAAUGGAUUUCCCAACCUUUGGGAAUUUAUUGUAUUACAUUGACAAAAAUAAUUGUUCGGCCCGCUUCAGCCCAGUUUGAGUCAUACCUGGCCCGCGGUCAAAAAAGUUUGAUUAGCCCUGGUAAGCUUUCUAAACUUUGGGUACUUGGGUUAUCUUUGAGCUAGGUUUUUCCAGAUAAUUCAUGAUGAAUUAGAGAAGAAUGUGCAAUUUUCCACUACAUCACGAAGCCAAUCAUUUCAUCAAACUGCAUAAUUGUUUCACUAGCGAAUUUUAACUACGUCCCUCUUUGAUAAAUAUGGCGAUUUAGAGAAUCAUGUCAAUGAUAAAUAAUCCCUUCAAAAUUUUACUUCAAAGCUUAGUGAUAAGUCAAGCAAUGCGGUCAUUUGUGGCUAUCAUUAAAUUUAGAAACCUUCGAAUAUUACCUAUCUUUUCGAAUUUGAUUUUAAUAAUAUCCAAACUAUCUUGAAAAAUUAUGAUUCAAAUGAGCUUAGUAACAAGUCAAGCAAUGCGGUCAUUUAUGGCUAUCAUUAAAUUUAGAAAGCCUUCGAAUAUUACCUAUCUUUUCGAUUUUCAAUUUAAUAAUAUCCAAACUAUCUUUAAAAAUUUAUGAUUCAAAUGAAUCUAAAAAAGCAUAGGAUGGUAUUUCUAUGAAAUUGAGUCUGUUCUGUUACUUUUGAGUGAUCGCGUUAUGGAAUUUAGGAAUAUCUCGGAGCUAAAGUCUCACAGCUCACAUUGAGAUAUUUCAUAUAUAUAACUAUUUGCAAUUUUGUAGUAAAUUUUCGAGUAGGGUAACUGUAAUGUUUUUCACAUUUUUGGGUGGAGAUAAUAAUCCAAUUUUUUUGUGACAGCAAAUGGAUUCGUCUUCACGUUUUGUUACGUUUUAACUGAGUAUAAAAUAACAAUCAAAAAACUUUACAUGAUUAUAAUUUAUAGAAAUUCUGAUGCUUGAUUUUAUGAUCGUUCAUUUAUUAAGUUUAUAUUAAUAAAUAAAAUUUGAUGUGAAAUGAACAUGGCCUAUAUAAAUUUCAGCUAC